AUGGGUGUCCCGGCGCUGUUCCGGUGGCUCACCAAGAAGUAUCCCAAGAUCAUCAGUCCCGUGAUUGAGGAGCAACCGUACGAGAUUGAUGGCGUGGUUUACCCUGUUGACACGACUAAGCCGAAUCCUAACGGCGAGGAGAUGCACAAUCUCUACCUUGAUUUCAAUGGAAUUGUCCAUCCUUGCUCACAUCCCGAGAACAAACCUCCUCCGGCGAACGAGGCGGAAAUGAUGAUGGAGAUCUUCAAGUAUACUGAACGUGUUGUGAACAUGGUGCGACCACGGAGACUGCUUAUGAUUGCAAUCGAUGGUGUUGCUCCCCGCGCCAAAAUGAACCAGCAGCGCGCUCGACGUUUCAGGGCGGCGAGAGACGCAAAAGAGGCGGAUGAACAGAAGGCCGAGUUUCAAACACUUCUACGUCAACAACAAAGAGAUAGGGAUGAGGACGACGAUGAAGCUUCCACAGUGGAAGAAGUAAUCAAGAAAACCUGGGAUAGUAAUGUCAUCACACCUGGCACGCCAUUCAUGUUCAUCCUUGCUCAGUCUAUCCGAUAUUGGGUCCAAUGGAAACUCAACACUGAUCCGGCCUGGGCUGAGUUGAAAGUCAUCAUCUCCGAUGCCAGCGUCCCAGGUGAAGGUGAGCAUAAGAUCAUGCAGUUCAUUCGUUCUCAACGAUCCGACCCUGAAUAUGACCCCAACACGAGACAUGUGAUGUAUGGCCUUGAUGCAGACUUGAUCAUGCUGGGUAUCGCGACCCACGAGCCGCAUUUUCGUGUCCUGCGAGAAGACGUCUUCCUCCGAGACGCCAAAGCCAAAACCUGCAAGCUCUGCGGACAACAAGGGCACUAUGCAGAAAACUGCAGAGGCAACGCCAAGGCAAAGUCGGGAGAGUUCGACGAAAAGGGAACCACCGAAGAGCUGAAGCCUUUUGUUUGGUUGAAUGUGCCCAUCCUCCGUGAGUACCUCGGGGCAGAAAUGCUCGUGCCAGGUCAACCGUUUCGUUUCGAUCUUGAGCGUGCCCUUGAUGAUUGGGUCUUUAUGUGUUUCUUCGUCGGCAAUGAUUUUCUGCCCCAUCUCCCCAGUCUCGACAUCCACGAAGAUGGUAUCGACAAGCUCAUUGCCAUUUGGCGAGACAACCUCCCUCUCAUGGGCGGCUAUGUGACGUGUGAUGGCAAUGUCGAACUGGCCCGUGCCCAAAUCAUCCUACAGGGGCUCGCCAAACAAGAGGAUGCCAUCUUCAAGCGCCGAAAGGAAGUCUCGGACCGAAGAGAGCGGAACGAGCGUCGCCGAGAGCAAGAGAAGGAAGCUCGAGAGGCCGCCCGUAACCCCAAGCGGCGCCGUAGCUCUCCGGACUAUAACAGAGGCGCUCGUGCGGAUGCUCGUGCGCCGACAGGGCCAGUCGAGACGUUUGAAGCAACCGACUACCCUACACUGGACUACAACGCCAUUGUCAACAGGGGGACGGUGGACAAAGCCGCGGCCUCGAACAAAAGCGCCGCCGCCGUCUUGAAAGAGCAAAUGCUCGCAAAGAGGGCGGCCGCUGCCGAAACUCCAACCAAGAAUGGCGUCAACGGCGUCAACGGGAGCCCUAGUGGUGAGGGAGGUACGCCUGCUUCGGCAUUGGGCAAACGCAAGGCCGGCUUGAUGGAAGCGGAAGAAUCCUCUGACGCCGGAACGCCUGGACGACACACCCCUGUGGCGAAACCUGAGACCAAUGGCCAGGCCGGUGAUCCGGACCUGGACACGGUUCGUCUGUGGGAACCUGGGUACGCCGACCGUUACUACGAACAAAAGUUCCACGUUGCUCCGAACGACAUUGAAUUCCGCCACAAAGUUGCGCGCGCAUACGUAGAAGGGCUCAGCUGGGUUUUGCUCUACUAUUUCCAAGGCUGUCCCUCCUGGACCUGGUACUAUCCUUACCACUAUGCGCCGUUCGCGGCCGACUUUGUCGACAUUGACAAGAUGACGAUCAAGUUUGACAAGGGCACGCCGUUCCGACCGUACGAACAACUGAUGGGGGUGUUGCCGGCGGCGUCGAACCAUGCGAUCCCGCCCGCGUUCCAUCCGCUUAUGACCGAUGAGGACUCGGAGAUUGUCGACUUUUAUCCGGAAGACUUUGAGCUCGAUGCCAACGGCAAAAAGCAGUCGUGGAAGGCGGUGGUCCUGCUCCCUUUCAUUGACGAGAAGCGCCUCCUGUCGGCGAUGCACACCAAAUACCAUCUGUUGAACGAUGACGAGCGAGCCAGGAAUGAAGUUGGGAAAGAUGCACUGAUCAUUUCCGACCAGAACCCCUUGUACGACGAGCUGGCGAUGCAGUUUUACUCCAAGAAAGCCAAGAAUGGCAAAGAUUCCGUCAAGUUGUCCAUGCGGAAAGGCCGACUUGCCGGGACGGUGAGCAAGAACGCCGAUUUCCUGCCUCACAUGGACCUGGUUGGACCCGAGGAGGAGAUCAAAUUGGAACCGGUCGUGGACGACGACCGAUCGCUGAGUGUCCACUUCACGAUGCCGCCUCCGACCCACGUGCACAAGUCCAUGUUGUUUCCGGGCGUCGUGCUGCCGCCCGCCGUCUUGGACAAGGGUGAUUUGGCCCUUCUCCGGUCCAAGGCAAGGAACUCGGGCCGAGACUUUGGCGGCGCCCCGCUCUACGACAACACUCGACGCGACCCUCACGACCAGCAGAACCGAGGGGGCCGUAUCAACUAUGCGGCCAAUCGGCCACCUUUGGACCCUGGGGCACCUGGCACGUCGAACAACAAUCCAUUUGCGGCCUUCCUGGAUCCACGGUUCGCGGCAAAUAUGCCUCCACCGGGUCGUGGACCGCCGCCGCCUCAAGCGCAGGGAUAUGGAGGGUCGAACGGCUAUGAUCGGAACCAGGCGCCCAGCAAUGGGUAUGGAGGGUAUGGUGGCGGACAGGGGAAUCACUACAACUACCAAGGACAAGGACAAGGACAGGGUCAGGGUCAGGGCCAGGGUUACUAUGGCAAUCAAGGCCAGAAUCAGUAUUAUGGCAGGAACGGAGAACAGCCGCAAUAUGGUGGCCGGAGUGUGAGCGACAGCUCGUAUCAAUACGCAGGUCAAGGUCAGGGCUACCCCCCUAGAAACGACCGUCGUGGCAAUCAUGGUGGAGGCUACAAUCAGGGUGGUGGUGGUUAUGGACGACGAUGA